CGUAGCGGUACUCACAGCUCCUGCAGCUUUUAUUUUUUCAGAAACGUUUGGUGGAGAAACAUCACUGUGAAAUUACUUGUACUGGUGAAAUUAUUGGCAUCAACGCUACCAACUUUAAAUCCGCCCUCUACGUCAGUCAAUACAACCCAAAAAUCCCACCAUGUUUGGAGCACGUAAGUUUGUGUACCGUAUUUGCACAUCGUAGAGACCAACUAACACUUCUUAGCACCGCCGCCCAGUGCCAUGGAGAUUAGGAAGAUGGAGGAGGAAGCCUCAAUGACAAUCCAACAAGUUCUCGUCGGCUCAAUUCUGCUCUACUUGUGUAAGUCAUAUAUCCUCGUUUGGGAUAGGGUCACUAAUAUUGGAAUAAAUAGCACCCUUUGCCAUCGAUACCCUGAAAGGAUUUCUGUAAAUCUGCCCCGCCGGGAAUGUUCUGCCCAUACCACCAGGUCGAAUUGAGAUUUGCACUAUACGGGGGAUAAUGGAAUCACAGCCUAGCAUCGCGAGUGUAUCAUAAAUACCGGAGUCUGGUUCUGGUUCUGGUUCUGGCUCCGGUUUGAUUGGUCGGGAAAACAAAAAAAUGAACCGCACAUGGCACC